AUGGAUUUCCCUUCGAGGAACGGCAGCUUGGGCAUGCGGUCGGAUGGAAAGAGGAUGAUUGUCACCAAGGCGCCGUCAGCCCGGACCGAUAAUCAAGGCGACUUGAACCCUAUGGUUGACGAUGCAGACCUCGUGAAGGAAGUCGUCUACUCAUUGCUGGGUGCUAAAGGUGGCGCCACCUCCACGCAGCAGGUGCAGGUUGCCAUCAACUCCUCCUUGAUUCAAAUUGCCAAGACGAACUUUCCCUUGGUGGUGGCCGCAGUCUUUUCGGCCCUGGAAACACAGAAGGUCUCAGACCAGCACAAGCUGCAGCUCCUUCGCCUCCUCUGCCAAGUCCUCGAGACGAGACGUAGCGACACGGAGGGAAAGCCCUGCGAGGUCGACAGGACCUUGGCCAAGAACCUCACCAGGCACCUGGUGGCAGAGGUUUUGGUGGGGGCAGGGGAUGCCCGACAGCGCGCCGUAGCCGACGUGCUCGUAGAGUUGGCCCCGAUGCACCCGGACUUGGUCAUCGGUGACCUCUUGGCUGGCAUUGCUUCAUCUUCUUCGGAAAAGUCUGAAAAGGAGAAGCUGCCAGUGCAAUUGGUGCAGAUCCUCUCGGAGGUUGCCAGCACGUUCCCAUUGAGCCUUCGGUCGCGGCUGGACGAGGUUCUGACAAAGUAUUUCGCUCUGCUGCAGAGCUGUCGCGGUGGAGACCUUCCCAUUCUGCUUCUGCGUGCCUGGUGUUCGCUCAGUGUGGCCAUGGUCUGUUGCGCUACAGACCUCAGCGAGCCCCUGGACGUGAGCGAUCCGACCUUCACCCGAGACUUUGCCGAGGCCUCCAAAGUGAUCCGAAAUGCAGGCAAGGGUCUGGCAGCUCGAGCCCUUCCUGACGACUUCAAGAAGGCAGCGCAGAUCCUGGGCGCUGUCUUCGCCUUGGUCAUGAGUGCGUGGCCGACAUGGAAGGACUUGAACCUCCGGGUGGCAGCUGUUGAGACCUUGGGGCACAUCAGCCUCGUCAUUCCAAAAGAUCAGUUCCUGACAAACGCUGAUUCGUUGCUAGAGCAUAUCGCGUCAUUGUUGUCCCGCCAGGGUGCCUUCACCACGGCAGCAAGCCCCUUGCCACCUCUUCGACUGCUCCGUGGGGCAUCACUGGCCCUGCAGGCUUGCAUCGACGCCGAUCCAGAAAUACUCACACUGGAGAGCACAUUACAGACUAUGCUGUCUUCUCUCUUUGCCUGGGCUGCUCUCAGAGGUCCUUUGCAGGAGCCUGGGUUGAGCCAGGAGGCCUUGCAAAGCCAGGCGGAGCUUCUCCAAUGCUUCGAAAUCCUCGCCGAGUGCUUUGCUUCAGAGACCUAUGGCUUCUUGCUGCAGAAGGCGAAGGGUACCCGCGAGGAACGCCUGGCUUCGCUGAUGGUUCUCCGUCACCUUCUGGGAGGGCGGGCUGCUAGUGGAGCUGUCAACAUCGUCGAAGGCAUUCAGCAGCUGCUGCUCGAUCACGAUCCCACCGUGGGUCUGAUGGUGGGAGAGUUGCUGGUCGCAGCAGCGAAUGCAGACUUGCUUGCCAGUGCGGCAGAGGCCGCGAAAGGGGCUGCGAAGACGGAGCAGGUGAACAACUUGAUCAACUCCUUGGUGCGCCUGACUGCCAGAAGUCAGGUCGCUGACACGGAGCAGGGCUACAUGCCCAAGUUCGUUUCGAAGGGCUACCGCAACGAUGGUCCCACGGCAGAGGAAGUGCGGAGUCGUGCCGGAUCCAUUUUUGACCAGCUCGUCGAUGCCGCCCAGUCCAGGCUGUCUUUGAGAUCUAUCUUGUGGCCCCUACUAUUGAAAGCUCUCAUGAAUCCGGCCCUGCUGCCGGGCCUGCCAGUUCUGUGCCGGACAGUCUCACAGCUACUCCAGUGUGCGAGAGCUAAAGCAGAAGCCGACGACACCAACGACGACUCCGAGGGAGCCUUGCUAGGAGGCCUACAGGCAAUCAGAUCCAGCACAGCAAGUCCUUCGAUGCCUUCCAGCGAGAUGCUGCUGGUCUGGCUGCUGGUCUGUGCGCAUCAUCCGAUGGAACCUCCUGGGCUCGGCCUCGCCGUUCUCCAGUGCUUGGGGGCGCUGGCCGGUGCUCUUCAUCCGGUGCUGGGGCAGCUCUGGGAGGCUCCCUCCAAGCGACUACAGACUCUCUGUGGCCACCUUGAGGAAGCUUCCUCUGUUGCCGGGGCAUGCUUGGACGUCGACCUGUGGGCAUCAGCGAUGGCACAAGAAUUGCAUUUCUUUCUAUCCGCCCUGCCAGAUCAUGACGACCUGCCCGGCAAGCUCUGCGACAUUCUUUGCGGCUUCCUUGACAAGGCCAAGCGUGAUCCUCGAGAUAGCCCAGGAGGACCAGCUGCCGGUGAUCUCGGCGAAGCACACCGGGCGGCGGUCUUUAACCUCAUAGGCGUGUGCUUGGGGCACCUUGGCAACUCGCAGAAGGCCAGCUCAAUCCUGGAGCUGCUGCUGGGCCAUGCCAGCAGCACAGCACCGGAACUCAACCGGGGAACCGUCCGAAGGGCCUUUGCUCGAGGUCUUGGCAUGGCAGCGUCAAGACACCUUGAGCUGACGCUGACGGCCAUUGCAAAGGUUGCCAAGACGGAUGCUGCCACGCGACGGACUGGCUCCUUGCAAAGUGCCUGGUUCGGGAAGAGCACUGCUGCGCAGCUAGCCGAGCAGCCGGGGCCACGGACUUGCCAGCACUUUCCCCAACCCCAGGGACACCCUUAG